AUGGCAAAUACAACAACUGGCGAUCAGAACCCGAACCCGAGCUCAAACCCGGCCCUCAACAUGGACCAAACCCACCUUCUGAUGCUGCAAAUCAUGGAGCUACGGAACGAAGUAAAGAAGAAACAAGGAUCCAGCGAGGAUUACGUGAUGAAUGCACUCGCUACUCGUCUACCAGAAUUCGAUCAGAAUCCCAACCCGAGCCCGAACACGGACACGAUCCACUUUCUAAUGAAGCAAAUCAUGGACUUGUGGAAGUCUUGUCGAGAACCCAUGGCUGAACUGACGAAGCAAGAAUCCAACGAAGAGUACAAAGACUACCUGGAACUGCAGAAUCACAUACAGAUGAUCGACAAAGCCAAGGUUCCUCAGGUCAGCGUGAAUCAGAUGAAUGAGAACCCGCAAGUCAACGCGAUGCAGCGAGACGAGAAGCGGGAGCCAUUCAGCAGUCACAAGCCCAGAGCACAUCUUUGUAUGAACUGCGGAGCGAAGACCCAUAGGACCAGGAAGUGCGAGAAGCCGAUCACUGAAUGCAACUACUGCAAGAAGCGUGGACAUCUAGAGAGCCCAAACCACUCCCUAGCCAUCCGUAUAGCUUUGGCGUUGACUUCCGCAAUGGUGAUGUCCAUCUAA